AUGGCAAGAAUUGGUAAAGGAAUACAAGCAUGUCUAUCUUGGAUUCAUCAGCGAGAUGGUCAAGUACCUUCGAAUGCAAUUGAUACAGGUCAUAAUGUUUAUAUUGGUCGUAUGUAUCAUUCAGGUGAUUUAUUACCUGGUAAAGUUGUACCACAUUUGGGCAAAGCUUAUGCUUGUUAUAAUGGACGGGAAUAUGAAUUUGAUUCGUAUGAAGUAUUAUGUGAUACCAAAUUAUCACAUGGUUCUCAACAAUGUUAUAUAUGGGAACGACACAGUAAUGGAUAUGUUCCUAAAUAUGCUGUGAUUGGAGGCAUAACUUCUUGCAACGAACCACUUUAUAUCGCUCGUGAAUAUGUUGAUGGUGAACGUGUAGUUGGAAAAAUUCAUGAAAGUCAUGAAUGUGCUUAUUUCCCUUAUGGUGGUGAAGAACGCAAAAUGCAUCAUUAUGAAGUGCUUGUAUUAAUUAAAUAAGCGCAAUAAACAAUUCUUCUUGACCUUGACUAGAUUAAAUUUAAUCAAGUGAUCAAUUUAAACAAACUUUUUAAUUGAUGAUUUUAUCAAGUGUUCAUUAACAAUUUUUAAAUAUUUACUUACUUUUCAAAAUUAAUAAUGAUUAUUGUUCUCAACAAAGUUAUUUAUCAUGAAUACUUUUCUUAUUUAAUUCAGUAUUAAAUCAUUUUUGCGCAUUUUUUAAAAAUAUAAAUAUAAAU